AUGGACUCUGUCGUGCUUAACCCACUCAACUCGCUUGAAACCCACCUGAAUGCUCUCAUCACCUCCCUCACCCAGACCAACACAUUCAGCAAUGCACCCCAGAUAACAAAGGACCUCCUUUCGGACGACUACAACCUGACAGAGUCCCUCAAUAUACUCCAGAGACACCAACAGAACUACGCCCGCACCCUCGACCUUCGCGCUGAAGUCGCAAGCCUCCAAGAGCAGCUCAAAGACACCAUCAAAAAGUGCGUCGCAUUGAGGCAAGAGAUCGGACAAAUCCACCCGUCAAUAGUGGACUCUGUGGACUCGGACGACGAAGAGGAGCAAGAGAUAGGAGCAAAGGUGGCAGAAGUCGACUACCAGACAUUACUAGCGUUCGCGGCCCGCAUAGGAAGGCACAAUGCCGCGGCCGCAAGGGAGGCAGAAGCCGAGGCCAUAAGGAGGAAAGUUGCGGCCAGAAACAACACGACAUCGGCGACAGCCACCACCAACGGUGUCUCUGACUCCGGGGCCCAAACGGCUGGCCACGAGAAUGCUACCGCGGAGACUGAAGCCGAGCUCGAACGCAUCCACAACACAAUCGCCCUCACCCGCGCCCAGAUGGGCAUGGCGUUCCCCGACGCCAACAUGCUGCGCAUCGGCGCUCUGGGCCAGCUCCAGCUCUUCCAGGAGCGACAGCAGCAUGCGUCGAAUGGAGACGAGGAGGUCCAGGCUGCAGUGGAGCGAGAGGUGGAAAGAAUGGUACGGGAGACUGAGGAUGUUGCAGAGGCGGAGGUCGAGCAUGGGGCAGAGGAGGAGGGUGACGAUGACGACAACAACCUAGGAUCAUGGCCGAGUCCGGAGAUGUCGAGACGGUCGAUUGGUGGCACUGGCACUGGAAUGCCUGCCGCCGUGCAACAGUCCGCUUCUCAACCUUCGCAGAGCAGGGCUGCCGUUCCUGCUGCUUCAGCGCCGGCGCCGAAGAGGAAGCUCGACCUUGAUUUCCCAAGCAGUGAUGAUGACGACGAUGAGGAUUGA